UUCCCUAAACUCUCUACGAGAUUGCCACACUUGGUAAGUCAUGUUGCCCAAAGGACUUUCUUGGGGAGCUUCCGAGUGACUUGACCUCUGUUGCCAUAAAGCCAGAUUCCAAUCUGCUCUUCUCAUUUUGAUUCCAGAUGUUCACCAGGUGCUAACCAAAGAUUAUCUCCUGCCAUUGGGAUUUGGAGUAAUUUUUAUUCUUUUUUUUUUGUAAUUGAUCCAAUGUUUUACAUGAAACAUAUAUUGAUUUGAAUUUGGAGAAAAUAUCAAUAAAAAAUGAUUCCUAUUUGGAGAAAAAUGUGGCCCAGUCCACAGUCCUGGAUCUAGGUCAGAAUCCCAGGACACUGAUGUCAAAACUUCCUCACCAUUUCCCUGCAACCCUUACCAAGGAGCUGGUGUUUCGUGUGAAGUUGGAAAGGUAAACAGGUCCCAUUCAGAGAAGACAAUAGUUGUAGGUAGAAUGUCACCUGAAAGCAGUGACCAACUUUGCCUUGCCUUAGAGGAUGCACAUUCUGGCCUCAUCUAGCUCCCACAAAUAUUGUAUUUCCUUCUUGACUUUGGAGAAAACCUUGAAGUCUCAGGAGUUGUGAAGCUGAGUUCUUCUGCACCACCCCUCCAAAAAAAGCCUCAGAACUACACGUCCAGUAAAGGAAAUGCUCAAGGAAGCAUUGAGCCUGAAAUGAAAGAACAUGAGACAGUAACUCAAAGCCAUAUGGAGAAAUAAAGAUCUCAAUAAAGAGAAAUUCCAGCCCUCAUCUUCUGUUAAACAAAAAGACUCUGAAGGACAUAGCACUCCAAACAUGAGUGGAUAAACAAAAGAAGCUCCUCCAAUUUUACCUGGAAACCCAGACAGGAGGUGAAGAUGGUAGAAGUGGAAGAGAAUCAAACUCCUUGACCUUUGUCUCUCCAUAGAUGGCUACAAAGCUCCUCCAGGCCCCAGCACCAUGCGUCAUUGCCUGUGGAAAUAUAUCAUAGUUGUUGUGUCCUUAAUCUUCCUGAGCUUCUUCCUCCAAGAGAAUAAUGAAGAGCAUCUUACAUAUAACUUAUCAUUGCAGGAGGAAAAGAAGAAAAUACUGUGGCAGCUCAAUCAGGACCAAAUGAUCUCUAAGAGCAGAAACCAUCUAGAGAACUUCAAGGACAUGCAGAAAGCCUCCCCUUUACUCCAACAGGCCAAGUACAAAUUGCUGGCUGGAUCCCCUCCCCAGGAAAAGAAACUGCUGACCAUAGGGAUUUCCUCAGAGCAACACCCUAAUGGGAGCUACCUCUUGGACACUCUGCGGUCCCUGUUCCAAGCUUCCUCAGAACACGAGCUAAAUUGUAUCGUGGUGCUGGUCCACCUGUCAGAUCCCGACCCCGAAUGGCUCAGACGAACAGUUGCCAAUAUUUCAGACCUCUUCAAACCACAUAUUGAGGCCCAGAAGCUGCUCGUGAUCCACGGUCGUCUCGGUGACUCUCCUCUCCCAGGAGAUAGGAAUAAUGUUAGUCGCACCUCACGCUGUGAAGCGCAUUAUUCCAGGCAGAAAGUCCAUUAUGCCCUCCUCAUGAACUUUGCUGUCAACCUCUCUGAAUACUUUCUGAUGAUGGAAGAUUAUGUUUACUGCACUUCCAAAUUUAUUUCCACCAUCUAUUGGGCAUUAUCAGCCUGGAAAGAACUACCUUGGGCGAUCCUGGAGUUCUCCAGCCUAAGCCUCUCUGGGAAAGUUUUCCACACCAGUGACCUCUCCCGCCUGGCCUCUCUCUUUCUCCUUUUCCAUAAGGAUAUUCCCAUUUACUUGUUUCUCUCUGAAUUCCGCCUUCUCUUGGCCCAGAGUGUUCCAAUUCGUUUCAGUCCCUCAGUCUUCUUCCACAUAGGCAAGUAUCCUGCGUUUGAGGACACAUGCUUUCCUGUGGAGAAGGAGAAGGUGUUUGGUGAACCAGACAACCCCGUUGCCAGCGUCCUCACAGACAUGAUGGCAGAAAUGAAUGGUAUUCCACAAUACGCUUAUACUCUGAACAAAGAGUGCUACUCUACUCUCAAUCCUGUAAGAGGCAACUACCUGACAGUGAUUUUGGAGAAGCCACAAAAAGUCAUCCGGAUAGAGGUCCUGACAGGUUCUGACAAAAAAGGGCUAUAUUGGCUACGGCAGGGGCAAGUGGAGCUGGGCUAUGAUCCCUUGGAGAAUUCCAGAGGCUGCACCCGCUAUACCCUUCUAGGUCCACUGGUGGAAGGAAAUUUAGACCAGAGGGUAUUUUAUGAAGAAGAUUCUGUGGAGGAGUUGAGUUGUAUACGACUGCUUGUGCUAGCCUCUCAAGAGUCUUGGCUCCUGAUCAGGCAGAUCAAAGUCUGGACUCAGCAUGAGGAAGAGGAGAGUUAUUACAAUGGGAAUUCUGGAAAGGUGGGGUUUGGGAAUGGAACCGACAUGGCUGAUCAGAAAUAAAGCCGAAAUUGAUCAAGGCCUGCUCCUUCUGAGUAGGAUGAGCAUGUAACUUAUUAUCCAAACUGGGACACUUUUAAGAAUGAAAGGAAACACUAUUAAAA